UAAUGAAAAUAUCAUUUCUUUAUUGUACGAUUAGAGUACUUACUCUUCUUAGAUAUUAUAGAUGAAAUACACCAAAAUAGAUAUAGCAUUUAACCAUGAAAUUAAUCGAAAUAUUAAGGAAAAGGCAGAAAUAAUAGUCUAAUACUUUUAAGGUAAUCAUUAUUAUUAAAUGCGUUAUGAGCUGAAGAGCUUAGUCAAGAAUGUGUGUUCAAAUUAUUGGCCAUCGAAUCUCAAACCACAAUUCAGAUUAAGAUUAAAAUAGAUUUAAAAGAUGUUAAAAUCAAUAUACAGAAUAUAAACCUAUAUCUAGGUAAUAUUACAAAUUUUUUUUUCUGA